AUGACUCUCGUUUGUUCAAACUUGCACAAGCGUCGUGGUUGUAAAUGUUUACACAACUGCAAAGGACUUUUAAAUGUAGCAAAUAUAGUGAAUGAGGAAGGAUUUAUAAAGCUUAAACAUGCUGCAGAACUGUGCAGUCCGAAUGUUAAAUACACACCAGCCCAUGCUCGUAGAAAAAUGUUAAGAAUGCCUUGUGCUGUGAUUGGGACAGGUAGUUUGCUCGAAGGAACUUCUUGUUUAUAUCUAGUGGAAAAACAGAGCCCGGCCACUUUGUAUCUUUUGCAAUCUCUACUAAAAGAAGCAUGUAUUAAAAAGCAAACUAACAAAGGACUUACGAAAGAAGACAUUAAAAAGCUAUUGAAUUUGGCAGAAUCUGAAAGUGAAAGAAAGAGACUAAAGUACGCUGUUGUAGUAAAGUCGAGUGGAAUAUCAAGCACGAAAGCAAAAGCUGUUUAUGGAUUUGACGACAUGACUUCUAAAAUAAACGAUGUAGAGAAAGCAAUGGAAGAGGCAUGUGCAAUCAGACAAGCAAUCGAAGACAUUGCUAACACUAAGGAAAAAUCAAUAUUACUUCCUCUGGGAAUAAGUGAAUCCAGUGAAAGUGGCUCGGAUACUGAAAGUGAGACUGAUUGUGAGAGUAGUUCUGCAAUAACUGAUUCAACAUGUCUACCCAACAACCGGAAGGAUAAUAGCGACGAAGAAAUUACACCAGUUAGACAGUCGAUGUGAGAAGAUUUAAAGGAAAAUGAAUUUGGGUACAACAGCGAUAGUUCUUCAGAAAUUACGUCAAUCAGAAUCCAGCAAAGCCGAAAUUUGGGCAUUGGGUGUUAUUAGUGCUUUGGAUUGGAGAGGUAAAAUAUUAAUCAAAAAACAAAGAGCAGCUAUACGACGCAAAACCGCACGAACAAUCAAGAAAAGAUUGGCUGAAAAGCGUCUUUUGGGUAGAAGAAGAAGUAAAAAGGUUGGAACACUUACUUCUCAAUUUCCUAAUAUCGGAAAAGAUACAGAGGAUUUUGUAAAAGAAAGUGGGGCUGGAGCAGACGCAUGGCGAAGAACAGGCAGAUUAACAUUUGACGGAAACCGUAGAGUAAAAAGGAAAGCAACAUUUAAACGUAUACAAGAACAUUUGCAAGAGAAAUACAAUCGAAAAAUAUCGUAUGGCACUGUUAUACAGUUAUGUAUAGCACGUAAUAAAAGACGCAAGUCUGCUGUUCGCUAUAGAGGGGUUGCCAAUGUCUUAAGUAAACGAGCAAGAAAGGGCUUUAAUAUACAUUAUAACCCAGACACACAUUGGAGUGCUGCCUUUUACCGAGGACUGGAGGAGAUUCAGUACAAAGACGGAAAGAAUAUUAUUAACAUAGGAAGGGAUGAUCAAGCCGGAUUCCAGUUGGACACGAUGGCCACACACAAACAACAUCCAACUCUUUGUGUUAAAGGUAUGGAAACUACUACAACAAGGAAUGAUUACGUAAAUAAAUACCCCUCUAAUUUACAAACAACAUCUUAUAACUUCCCAUCCACUACUACAACUGGGGAGGUUUGUGCCGGAGUGGUUAACUCAAUUCGAUCCGCCAAUAUUAAUUUCCGACGUAUAUGAUGGGAAGAUUAAAUAUUAAAGAACUUCGCGAGUAUUUGCAGUAGACAUACGAAAAUACCACCAAAAAAUUCCGCUUGAUCGAUACUAUAUAUUCAGAAAUAUUCAUAUAAUUUUAUUGUUUCUCGCUCAAUUUCAAGCGAAUUUCUUACCUUGAAAUGAUCAAUGCGGUGAAAUUUAUGCAAAUGACACAUCAAUUUUGCUGUUGCAUUUUGAAUGUUCCGCCUGAUUCAAAUGCUCGUCUUUUUGCUUCUUUUCAACGUAUAAUAAUAACAAAUAUACCAAAAGAAUCGCCAUCUUCCAUUCUAUAGCUCGGAGCAGUCUCGGGAAAUUGCAAAAUAAUCUAAGCCUAUUAUGGCAAUUCUCGUGAUCGGAAAGUGUUCGGCCAACUUCGGACGCCAAAUUCUUGGUAAAGCAUUACAGUUUCCUGGUAAAAGACUGCAGGAAUCACUUCCGGAGUGUUUGGUUACCCCAGAUACGGAUUUUGAUUGGCUUAGGCAGAAAAACAAAUCUUUUAGAGCAAUUUUCCUGAUUAUCGCGCACGGGAACGCACGAGCGUUGAAAUGUAUUGUGUUGUAGUUUUGUUUGAAUCGCAUUCUGAAGACGUUUUUGGCUUUAUUUUGAUAGUGCUAGUAAUGAUGGAAUGUCUUCGUAUGAAGACAAGUAUCUCAACCUGGCAUUGGGAGUCGUGUCUGGAGUUUCAAGGCAAGUAUUUGUAUCAUUUCUAGACAAUUUCUAUUUCAAUGUUUUGCUGUUGCCAUGGCGUUGUAAAUUUAUUUGUAUUUAGUAAGCUUCACUAGUACGACCAAGUAUGUCCUCAUAUCGCUUUUUUGUGUUGAAAUAAUCGUUUCAUACUGAAAUUGACAAAUAUAAAUGGUAUUUAUUUACAUUGUUGACGAAAAUUUAUGGUGUUUUAGGCAUAAAAAUCUCUGAUUCCUAGCCGAAUUAAAAUGAGCCUUGAGCACAUGUUUGGUUAUUUGUUACAUACAUAAUAGCCAAGUAUUCAUACUUAUAUCUUACUAGUUGGCUCUUAUUAUAAUUUUAAGUGGCACCAUGUCUAUAAAAGUUUUUAUUCGCACUGAUGAAUAUAUUGAUCCUGUUCCUAUCUGCUGUUCCUGUUUCAUAGCCUCAGGGAAGUAGAGUUCUGAUGAGUCAUGAGAACCCCACUCACCAACCCAGAGGUAAGGUAGGGGGAUGAGUAGAGGUAGAGGGAAGCCCAGCCAUUAGGACCUAAGGUUUCGAAAGCUCCCUGUCUAGCAUCCCCACUAGGCCCCAUAGUACAUGACGGAUAUGAUGAUCCUGACGCUAGGAAUGUUCUCCCAGAUUUUGCUCCUCACUGACAUGUCCGGGAUCCAUUUCGAUCAACUGUGAGCUUGAGAUCAUUCGGCUCAAUGAACUGUGAGCUUGAGUUCAUUCGACUCUUUUUUACUAAGGGAAUGCUUCAGGAGGUAGUUUCCUGGCCAUACCAAUACAUAUGCCCACAUACAAAUAACUCAAAGGUUAUCCCCAUAUACUAAUAAAAAAGGGUCUUGCAGUCCACCAACCUUGAGAGGUUGAUUGCCUUUUAGUAUAAUAUGCAGGUUUGCUAAAGGUCGUCAGUGAGAUUGAAAAUUAUUGGAGUGUAAAAACCUUAUAUCAUGGUCUGUGGGCAAUAGACAUAAUUUCUCGGGUUAGGUACAAAGCGCUUAUGGCGUUUGUGAAUAUGGUAGAUCCUGUACUAAAGACUACAGCAAUAAACUGCAUCAACAACUGUACCAGCCGUCACAGAAUAUUGUUGUUGCAGACAAACACACUGUCAAAUCAAGAAAUAGGUUGGGGUUAGGCAGUUCAUGAAAGCUAGAUGACCUACUAUGUGGGGAAUAAAUCUGUGGGUUGCUGCAGACAAUCCUAAUGGUUAUAUUGCGACUUUGAAAUUUAUACAGGAAGAAGUCCAGAUAUUCAUCGCAACAGAUUUGGGUAUGACAUGGUGAUCUGAUAUCAGUUUGGUUACAGUCUUAGGUCUUUUGUAGUACAAUAUAGAGGAAAUAUUUUCACCACAUAAUCCAAUUAUGUGCUUUGGCAAACAUUACUGCUUUAGCAAACAUUACUGCCUUGGAAAACAUUACUUUUUUAUAACUACUAAUUAUGAUGAUGCCAGCCCAACAACACUUGGUCAUGCUAUUUGCAAAUAUUUUCAUGUUCUAGAUUGUGAAAACAAUCAAUUUCUAAACAAAUGAGUAGUGAUUAUUUCAAAUUUGAACAGCAUGACCAAAUUUUGAGGCUGGUUAUGCCACUAAUAACUAAAGUCAAUGGUGUAAUGAUUAUCUAAGAAUGUAUGUAGUAAUUGUAGAAAUAAAGACAUUUUGCUAAUCAUGAUUUGAGUGUUCUUUGUGGGUAUCACAGACUUACUUUGGUGCCAUACUAUCUUUGGAGAGUAAGAAAUAUUGGAAAUUUGUAUUGAUAACAUGUUGCAGCAAUAAAAAAGGACCUUUGAUAAAGGUAUUUGUUUCAUGUGAGCACAAAAUGUAAAUUUUACUCCACUACCUAGUUUAUAUAAAAAUUCAAUAAAUAUAUUUCUAUUUAUGCUACAUGCAUGAAACUUCGGGUACUUGUAGAUCAUAACCGUGUCUUUCAGUCAUAUUCAUAAAUUUUUUGACAUAUUUGAAAUUUGAACCGCUAAAUACAUUUAUGCAUAAUUGCAACAUUUUUUUAUAUCAUAAUUUAUGCAAAUUUAUGCGAGUAAAUCAUUAACCAAGCUCCGGAUGGAAUUGAAAUUGGUAUCGUUGGAAAGCAGAAGUCCUCCUCUUUCGAACGAUGCAAUUUCUGUUUCCGUGCGAUGUAUAAUUUGAGAGAUAUAAGCGUUUGAAACAACACCACUCGAAAUUGCUACUUUUCGACCGGAUGAGAAUGAGUUAAAGCACCAGGUGUUCAUGCAAAAAACGCAGCACAACAUUACGCAGAUCUUCAGAUGCUAGAAGAGAACGAAGAAACACGCGAGGUAUUUUGGAACAGUGAAACCCAAGAACGAAAAGAAAUUGAAUGUGCUCAAGUUGACGGAAGUUUUGACGAGGGUCCGUCCCAUUGCGAGGUUCAACAUUGGUGGACGGUUCGUCACCUUGUAACCAGUUGCCAAAUGACGUUAGUAACGUCUAGAAACAGUGGUGCGAGCUAUAGGAACCGCGUAGAGCUGCAAAAUGGCAGUCUUGCCCUUGGUCAUGCUAGCCUUUUUAUUCCUUCAACUCUUAAUGGCUCCUGUAUUAGUGGUGGAAACAUUGACCACGAUUUGCUGCGUAAAAAUUUGGAUGCUGCUAUAGAUGUAUAUAUAUCAAGAGUUAAUAAAACUCCCUGUGCUGGAACAGUUAUUAAUCUAUACAAGGGAGCAGACAGUAAAGCAUACCAGGAAGAAAAUGAGUUUUUUAAAAUUUUCUUGAAAGGAAAGAAAGAAGAAAGGGAAAAGCAAAAGAAAGAUCAUCCUGAGAAAUAUGCUCGUGCUCAAGCGAUUUGGAAUCUACGGAAAAGACAUAUGAGAACAGAUGUUCCAUUAAAGUAUAUUUUUUGCCUGAGCUGUUGCUACCAACCUGACUGUGAACAUUCUUUGUGUUGUAAAGGUAAACCUAGUGAAGAACCCACAUGGUAUGUUGGUGGCCCACCCUUGUCUUUCCUACCUGUGCCUUGUCCUGAUCCUGAACGUUGCUAUGGCAGUGAACAAUGCAGUGAAUGUAAUGGUGCUUGCUACGGCCAUUACCUAAAGUUAGAUGAACUUUGGAAGUAUACUUCCGAAGUAAGUGAUGUGAAAUGUUGCCUGCCAUCAGAAGUUAUUUUAGCAGAAUAUGACAAACAUCGAAAAGAAGCCAUUUCCAUGCACGAGAUACUUGAUGAUAAUUGUGUACAAGAUCUUGCUAAACAAACUUUGCUCUCUCCUGAAGAAGUAACUAUGUGGCUCAGUCAUUUGAACACAAUUGCAGAAAAUAGAAAGAAAGGUGCAGAGAAAGCAGCCGAAACACGUAGAGCAAGAAAGGAAGCAUCAAAGAAACUGAUAGAUUUACCGAAUGGAAAUGACUCCGAGGUGUGCAAUGUUUGUAAGUUAGAAGACCCGGCUGAGGAGGUAUAUCCGUUACUCAAAUGUUGUUUUCAACCAUCUAAAACAACCAUGGAGUGCGCAUGUGCGUGGUUGUUAUUUAGUACCCAGUCUCCAAAAUGGUGGAAUAAAUCACUCGAAAUCAAGCUAAUAAAUUAUUAAUCAUAAGUCAAAAUGGCGGAAAAAAGAGUCAUUCAGUGGCGUAAAGAAGGAGAGCUGAAACGUCAUACUUUUCAGAAAAGGAAAAGAAAACGAACUGGAAUGCAACAGAACGUUAAUCGUUUACUACGAGAAUCUGAUGUUCUAAAUACAUCGACUACAAGCUCAAUUCAAGCUGAGAAUUAUAGUGAUGCAGAAACUGAUAAUUUUAAUAUAUUAAACUUGUUUACAGAACAGGUAAGAAAGUACAUUAUUUAGCUGUAACUAUCGUCACUAUAUUGAUGGUUAUGUCUCUUUCUAUCAAAAUUUUAACUUUUUUUUGCUGUGUUGGUGAAUAUGAUGUUUGUGAUGUUACUCUGAGUGUAUAUCCACACCGGGCAAGCUUGGAAAAUAUGCCUGGCCACGGUGGGAAUGGAACCUACAACCUUUGAAAUACUAGCCCAAUGCUCUGCCAUCUGAACUACGCGGUCAGAUCAGUUCGAAUACAUGUGAUCACUUAUGUGCCGGAGCAGUGUAAACAGGUCAAUCCGGUAACGAAACGAAGCAACAUCUACUAGUCAAGCUUUUAAAUUAAUUAAACAAAGUUAUUCUUUACAAAGAAAACAUGUGUUACUUCAUGUUUUUAAUAAAUUUAAACAGAACGAAGCGGCAUGCAUAGUGUAAACACCCUUGUUUUUUACUUCAGAGUGAAAAUUACUCCAGUAUGAAAAGUAAUCCGGUAAAGUGUAUAAAACGGGGCCUAAAUUGCAUUUGUUCGAAAUAACAUACUAAACACUUCCAGACAGUAUGAAUAAAAAUGCUGCGAUUUAAUUGAUAUAACAUAAUUUGACGGUUGACUUUUAAAUUUGAAAAACAAUACAUUUAAAUUAAUUAACUUUUUCAAAAAAGUCAAUCAACUGUAUCAACCAAUCAGAAUUUUGCAUUGUGUGUGGACACAAUAUUUUUGCAACCCAAUAUAAUUUUUUGCAAACCAAUAUUUUUGAAGUGACUUUUAAGCCUGCUUCACAUAUAUGCCUGCGACGUACCGGCGACGAUACCGGUGGUAGUCUAACGCCAGCCGAUUUUAUUUGUCAAGGGGAGAGUGCUGAAGCUUAAUGGGUUAACUGGCCUAUCUGCCCAUGUGUCUAGUUAACACAUUGAGUCGCAUUGUAUUAUUUUGUCAAGGGGAGAGUGCUGACACUUAAUGGGUUAAUACUACACGGCAAAAAACGCUCAGGUUGAUGCAAUACUGAUGAAAACAGGAUUGAACAAUGUUUUGCUGCCCACAUUGUUCAUAGCUGUCAACAAUAUUGAACAAUAUUGUUACACCCAAUUCAGGCUCAACAACAUUGUUCAAUAUUGUUGACAAGUGUGAACAACGUGGGCAGCAAAACAUUGUUCAGUCCUGUUGAGCAACGGGCUCAGCGUUUUUUGCCGUGUAAUAGUUCAAUUCACACUGGACAAAAUUUUGUCUAAAAAAAUGAAAACUGAUAAAUCUUCAUAACUUGUUAAAUUAACCUGAAAAACCUAAUAUUACCUUAUAUUAUAUAUAGACAUUGUCAUGGUUAAAUCUUAUUUCUUAUUUAAAUAUAUGUAUAAUUAUUGUCAAUAAUUAUGUAUAAACCAAUCUUUUUAUUGAUCUGUGUUUUAAGGAAAUGAAUGAAAUUGACUCACAUCAUGGAACAGAGGGUAUUGUGGCUGGAUCAUCAACUGUUGAUGAAGUUGAUUCUUAUUGUGUGGAACUGGUUGGACAUAAUGGCAUAACAACAUUAAACAUUAUUUGUUUUCUUCUUCAUGAUUAUUCUUUGAACGAAAAUAUAUUACUGGUAAUCUACAACACAUUAUUACUAUAUUUUUAUUGCCAAUCUCUAGUACAGUAUGUGGCCCAGUUUCGGGUCAUUUCAGGUUUGAACUGCUAUAUCUUCCUUUUCAGGAAAGGUACGAUUUUUAAAUGCUCACUUGAGAAUAGGAAAGGUGUUUCUUAACAAUAUUUCAAAAGAUUGACUUUUCUUACCUUUCACUUUUAGAAUUAUUUAUAUUUUUAAGAAUCAUUUUAGGUGCCCAGUAUCGGGUCAACUGCACCAGUAUCGGGUCGCUUCAAGUUUCUUUGUUUAUUGUAUAAAAGCGUUUGUUUUACGGCAAUUUUCGAUAAUUUUUUAUAGUUUCAACAUGUCUUAAGUUAUUAACAACUUUUUUGUGAGGUUUUGACAAGGUUUAGACAUGAUAUUUCCAGCUUGAAACUACCUCUUCUACACAGUUUUUGCGGAGUGCGUUCUAAGCAGUGCUUCCACUUUCAAAGGUUGAAACAUAGCUGACCCGAAACUGGGCCACAAAGCUGAACUUUACGUAAUUUGUGGGACCAGAAUAUAUCUCUGAAUAAUUGAAUGCUUAAACUUUCCAUUUCAUAUUUAUAUAUUCUCGGGCAAUAAUCUAUCGUUAGGACAAAAUUGGGCAGUUACAUGGAGAAUUACAUAUCAAUAAUACGAUUUAUUGUUAUUAGUUAGUUUUACUGCGCAGUGAAAUGAACAAAUUUUAGUAAAAGAAUAUAAACAUACCCGGACAAAAGGGAUUCUUCUUUGAAUACAGUUCAACUAAAAAGCCUGCGAAAACUAUCAUCCAAAAAAGGAAAGGUUCGCCAUUAUAUCUGUAUAUUUCAUUUCGCGUCGCUUUUUAUCUCGGCGGAAAAAAAUGAAAUCAAAUUUCUAUUGACCCGCUACUGGUACUGACCUGAAACUGGGCCACAUACUGUACUUGUAUCCUCAGAAAAUAUUUAAUAUAAAGAAAGUUUUUGAUAGUAACUAAUACUUUGUGUCAUAACUUUGUGUCAUAUACGCCAUUAAGUUGUAAUGCUUCCAGAUGCGCCUGAUUAUAUUACUUUACUUUGUCUAACUCCAGGCGAUUUUACUUGUCAUGGCUAAGUCUUGCACAUUAAUGUAUUAACUGUCUGUAUUCUGUACUGUAAUAUUUUUAAGUUGUAUUUAUAUAAUACUUUUUGUGUGUUGGUGUUAUGUACUCAGGUGAAUAUGAUGUCUGUGGUGUUACUGUGACUGUGCAUCCACAUCGGGCAAGCUGAAAAGUUAGCCUGAUCAUGGUGGGAAUCAAACAUGCAAACCUAGAGCAUUGGACGAUUCACCACCAUGGUCAGGCAAAUUUGUCAGCUUGCCCGGUGUGGAUGCACACUUAGAGUAACACCAUAAACAUUGUAUUUAUAUGUUUUUGUGUAAUGACUUGUUACCAAAAUUUAUUCAAAACAAUCCUGCUACCUGUACUUUUUAUAGGCAAAAACAUUUGUGUUAAUAACAAGGCGACCACACAAAUUUCCUUGUGGAGAUAUUAAAUGGAGUUAUGCAUGCUCAUGUAGCAGAAGAAUUGGAGAGUUAUUGAAGUCUGGAGUGGCAUUCAUUGUUGAAAUGCCUUAUGAUGGUAUGUAAAUGUACAGUGUACACUAAAAUGUGCACUGUACCACAAAUGCAUCCUGAAUCUGACAUUCUAUUAACUGUACAUUUUUGUUGUGCUCGUAUUGUCAGAUUGUUUGUUUAUUAGUGUAAAAAAAAGUAUCAUUUAGUAUCAUUACAGGCAACUAACUGCUGUUCCCAGAUGACAAUGUCCAGACAAAAUGGGUUCAUACUUGAGUUAAUAUUUUGUUUCUUUCAAUUAGAGUUUGCAACCUUGUUAUCAUACAGUACAGUACUUAUAAUUGCAGUUGAUCGAAGUCUGUAGAUCGUCGGAAAUGGUAUUUUCAGAUUUCAAUGUGGCCAUCAGCUGCAUGGUUGUAGAGCACAGAAAGGAAGUUGAUUCAGGCAGUGUAUAAUGGCAAUUAGCAAUUCUGUAACCUUACUUAUUAUUUUUUGGACACUGUCCAAAAAAUAUAUCUCAUGGAAACAAUAAUUUUGCGUAAUGUUUGCACAGGACGAUCGGGACCGACAAAUGGUUCAUUUGGGACAGACUAUUUUACUAUUUCUCAAAAUUAUGGGGGUGUCACACUCCGGAAUGUGCGACGUUGUUUGUGCUACACAUUUCUAGUGUGCAUGGGCAUGAGUAUUCCUCUACGAGAUUUUGUGUCUCAGAAGUGAAACAGUUUUGGACAGCUUUUUGAACAAAAUUAUAUAGAAAAAUGGGGUUUUAAGGGAACAUUUGCAUUAAAAAAAUCAAAUUGUGAAAAAAAUCAUUGUGGAGGAAGAUUGAGUUUCAAAAGUCAAUUGAAGAUUGAGUAUUUACUACCAUAUACCAGUAGUAGAAAAGUGCUUGAAAAUAUCCCUGCCAUUUAACACCUCUUCCAUCUUCCGAAAAUUACGUCAGGUCAGUUUGCUGGAUGGAAAAUAGUGCUAACCGCUUUAUAAACGUGAUGCCAUGUUUGUGCAGUGUUUCCACUAUGAUAAAAAUUCCUUCUUAUUCGCCUUGUGAUGAACCGCGAAAAAAAUUAAAGUGUCGAAGAAAAUAACUGCCUUGGUUGGAUGGUUGGUAAUGGUUCGUUACUUUGUACAAUUUUCAUUAUGCACUUGUUGUGAAAGAUUGCUGAACUCACUAGUUCGCUUCACUCACUCGUUCGUUUGCAAUCUUUCACGACUCGUGCAUAAAAAAUUAAAAAUCGUACACAGCUCACCAACCAUGUAGUAAUCUCUAUGUAUUUUUUUAUUUUAACCAUUGCAUAUUUUGUACAGUAUCCUAUGUUUUUGGCAGUCCGGUACAAUGACCAAUACGUUUUAUUUCAUGACAGGCACAAAUUCAUUGGUGCUGGUCAUUUUGACAGGCAGGUCCCCAAAAAUUAUUUCCAGGCUUGGAUCGAAGUUAUGUGAACCUGUUUAGUGCUUUGCAGAAAAUAUUCAAAGAUACUGUAAGACAUCAUAUGCCUCAUAGACCAAUAUACACUUCAUAUACUGUAUACAGUAGGCUGUUGCAAUAUUGAAAAAAAAUAUUGAUACAGUUUAUGUAUCUUCCUGGCCUUGUCAUAACAUUCAGGCUUGAAUGCUUGAUUACAGAAACACUCAUUGCAUGUUUUGCCCCAUGUUAUAUACAAAAUCUUUGUACCUGACCAACAUACAUGUAUGUUGUAACAUGUACUGUAUGUGUUUAGUAAGCUGAAUUCAUUGUCAAAUAUUUUUAUUUGUAUUUUAGAUUUUGUUGAUAAAUAUGAAACAUGUAUUCAUGUCCAAGCAUUAAAGAAGAUAAUGUGUGGGUUCGACAGCCAAAAUGACAUAGAUGCUACUCAGUUUACUGUUAGUGAUAUUGUUCAACACAGUAAUGAUCAGGUAAAGAAAGUGUUGCAUGUUAACUUAAUUUCAGGAAGCUCUCUCACGAAGUGAUUUUCAGAAAGGUCCUGAACUAAAUAAACUAUUUUACAAGGAAGACAUGCAUAUACUACAUAACUAUGAAAAAUAUUAAAAAAUUAUAUGAGGAAAAGUUCAAAGAUUGCUAAAAAAAGUUUCUCUUAAAUGUAUAAAUACUAGUAGAUAGUUUUAUCUUUCUGUUCAAGUUGUUGCAGUCUGUUAUGGCCUGAUAAGCGAGUAUUUGCUUUCCCCCAUUUCCUUGACACUUUAGGUGGCCUUAAAUUGUCCUUAUAUCGCGUAUCGUAGUUGUGUAUUUCUCUGUUCGCUAGAAGUUCAAAUCCAUGUGAGGUGUGAUUAUUUAGAUACUUAAAAACAAAUAAACAUCUAUGAUACAAUCUGCGUUGAAAUUAAUGUGAGAGCUUGGCCACAAACAGUUUUAGUAAGAAAUUACUAUUUACCGUAUUAAUUCUUGAGAUGUACAGUAAGCUUGUGAUUUUCACAAUUUAGUAGAAUAGAUGAAAUAUACUGUGUAAUAUUUUAGAUGAUGCUACUCCAGGCCUUGGGCUUGGAAUUAGUGGGAAAACCAGAUCUUCGAAGUUUGGGCAUUAAAUUACAUGGAAUGAAAGCAUUAGGACGGUCAGCCCAUUUAUGUUUUGGCUGGGAUAACAAAUUUCCUGACUCUUCUUCACACGUUUAUGAAAUUAUGAAAAGAUUACUGUAUCAAUAUUAUAUCAUUAUAAGUACAACAAAACAUCCAUCAUAUUUAUUUACUGUUUAAAUAUUGGUGAGUUGUUUUAUUGGUGUAAAUCUCACGAAAAACAAAGCAAUAUAGUGACGGCAAUUGGACAAUAUGUUUUAUAAUAUAUUAUAUUCCCUCACCGAAGAUUACUGCAGUCCAAUUUAUACUUUACACAUGCCACAAUUAACAUUGGCAAGAUAAUUCAUAGGUAUCUACUGUAUAUUAUGAGCAAGACAAUGUUAAGUUUGUAUAUUACCUGUAGUUCGUACCUCCUUACCAAAAUAUUUGCCAGAAAAAUACCGAAAAACGAAAACGUUUCAUCAGUCCCAGUCCUCUAUACAGUACUCUGUACAUAUGCCUUUUUGAUUCGGUGAAAUACAGUUGAAGUUUCCCUUUCCGCUUUUCCGGUUUUUAACCUUUUAUCAUUUUGUACAUUUUAUUGUAUUGAUAUAUACAGUAUAUAUUACGGUAUCCGGCGGGGUAGUAAAAUUGACCUUCAGGUGCACCCCUACACGUACUGUAUACAUAUUUUAAGCUCCUGCAUGGAAACUGAUAUAUAUGGAAUUAUGUUUUUCAAUUUUUAGGAACUAUCAACAGUACAUUCUGUAGCUGGAUCUCCUUAUCUUUUAUGUGUCCUCCUUGAGGCCAGUUUUGGAGUUGUUAGUUGGGAGCGUGAUGAGUUGAAAUGCAGUGUGUGUUCUGGAUUAUUGUCUGGUUCAUGUGAUCACGUGAAGGAGGUGAAUAAAAUUUUAGAAGAUGACGGCGAAACUCCUGAUUUUGUUCUAUCGUUUAUGGAGUACAGAUAUGAUCGUGUGGGCGUUGGUGCAAAAGCUUCAUGGGUUUUGCAUGCCAAGUCCUAUAUGCCAAUACCAUUUAUUUUACCUGAGCGACUUAAACAGAUAAUGUUUGAAACCUCUGAAUGCCAGAUUGAAAUGAACCAGGAAGGUGCACGUUUAACACCGAGUAUACCUGAAGCCAGCACUAAACUUGCUGUCUGUCCAUCCUGUGGUUCACCGUGGCGACCAGAAUCACCAACUUUGCAUGACUGGUUAUCUGAAACUUGCAACAUUAUCCUAAGAAGGUUUCAUCUCAAAUGUUUUGGUAAGUAUCCAAUGUGAUUUUUUCAGUCAUAACCUUUUUUUGUUCUGUGUAGCCUGCGUGCAGGCCCAUGAAGGGAACUGAUAGUGGGCCUGCAAGCAAGGCCCGGUAUUUUGUAAAACGCCCCUUUUCAUAACACGCCCCAUUCGCGCGUCAAUUGUCAAAAAAGAACCAAUGACAGCACCCAAAUUUGCAAGUGCUCAUUUUCAACUAAAAUCGGAACAGGCAAAUUAGGACGAAUUUCAACAGAAAACCAGUCUCAAACUUCAAAUCGUGAGGGAAGUCGUGCGACCACAUUAGCAUUUAUAUUAUGUGUGCUUCGCUGUCGCCAUUGGCAUUGUUAUAAAUAAAUUGCCUCACUUAUCAGAUCGUGUGUGCAAUUCUUGUUGGCGGCGGAAAGUACGAAAUUUAUUUCAGUUAUUUCAUUUGGUAAAGAACUCUACAAAAGAAGAGAGCGUUCAGAGUCCAGAUCGUUUCGUUUCAAACGGCAAUUUUAAUAAUACCGUCUUCUGUUUCGCUCUCUCAGCGAAGCCUUGUAAAUCGCAAAGUGUUUCGAACAGGCUUACAUGCAACUGCAUCUCAACAUCAACCAAAAGAUAAUUUUCUUGAGGAACAUAUAACGUAUCAAGUCUGUUUGAAAUUAAUGAAACUCAAGUAAAGGUUACUAUAGUUUACCCCAGUCGUAAUGUUGCUAUUCCAACACCUCACGACAAGCAAUCCCCAUUGGCAUAACGGCAAAAACAUCUCUUCCUUCAAGUAAACAAUAAACAGUCUGUUCUUGUUCCAUUUAUAAUCGAAAAAAGUGAUCAAUUUUCGAAUUUUGAGCUUAUCGAGAGCCUUUGUGAUGAAUCACUGACCUAAUUAUAGAAUCCAACAGCAAACAGCCAAUCAGAAUGCCGCGUUCGUGGGCGAACGCGGAAAGUACAAAAUACCGGGCCUUGCUUGCUGGCCCACUAUCAGUUCCCUUGGGCCUGCACGCGGGCUAUGUUCUGUGCACCUACAGUACUGUACAGUAAGUGUAUGCUUAUUAUUAUUCUUUAUUUUUGUUUGCUAUUGUGUGUGCAUGUUCGUUGUUGUUACAACGCAAUAAUAGCUGUAGCUGUAUCAGAUCUACUGGUCAUUAGUACAUGCUCACUAAUUAAAGCAAACUGAUAUUCGUGCAUCAAUAUUGUAAAAUUUUAGCAACCAGUUAUAAUUAAAUUUUAUCCGAAGAGUACCGUUAAAUAAUAAGUAAUAAAUAUAUGGUUAGUCAAAUUUUUACUGUAUGUUACGUAAUAAGUUAUGACUUGUGCAUGUAUAUUAUACCGUAAACCUCCGAAUAUAACCCCUCCCCCAAUAUAACCCCCCCCCCCUUGUAUAAGCCCACCACAUGUCACCUCAUUCCAAAUAUAAGUCUCCCCCUCCCCGAAUAUAAGCCCUCCCCGAAUAUAUAAAGUCCAGUAGUCGAAUGUAAGCCCAGUAGCCCACUACGUAAUACAACAUUGUUUUUUAAUAGCAGAGAACGAUAUUUAAAAACAUUGUCAUUGUCUUUAUAGCUUACUAUGUUAAUCAAAGCGUAAUAAUAAUAAGAGUACAGUAUACUGUGGUUAAUAUAGUUUUUCCUGUUUAUGACUGACUUGUUUAUUACUAACAGAAAAGGUUGUCCAUGUAUAUAUAAGCCCCCCGUAUAUAAGCCCCCCCCCCUCUUGUAUAAGCCCAUCAAAAAUCGCUUGCGAAAGAAUAUAAGCCCAAGGCUUAAGUCUUUACGGUAGUUUAUUUUGACUACGUGGAGAACAGUGCAUCGUCUGAAUAGUACAGUGUUGCUACAGUUGUAAUUUCAAAUUUUAAACUGUAACCGGUUUAUAAAUUUACCUUUUUCUAGUCUAUUAUCGUCCUUGUUCCAACGUCUUAUGUAACGAACGCCUGGAAUACGAUGGCGGUGAAGUUGCUCUUUUGAAUAUGAGGAAAUUUGUCAUUCCUUAUGACAUUUUGCACGAUUUCAUGUUUCAUUUCUUGAUGGGAAGGUAUGUUUCGUAUACAGUAUGAGUAUUUUAAUAUUUCAAAUUAAAAACGUCCCAGCUAAACUACCCAGUAAAGUAGAUUACAUGUUCAACGUAUACAGUAAGAGGGUAUAAAAUUUAAAAUUUUGUCUUUUUCUUCCUUAAAGCUUGAAUCAUACUGGCGAUUUCGUCGGUCUUCUUGCACGAAUUUAGCCUGAGUGCCAGGCUCUAUUUUCGCUUCCAUCCACCCUCAUCGAAGGAAGGGAAAACAGCGCCUGGCACUCUAGCUAGCGCGAAUUCUGUUAGUGCGCGAAUUAAAAUACUGUACAAGCUAAGUAACGAAUACGAUAUGUACUCAAUCCCUAUUCUUAGAUGCACGAUGUAUACGUAUUAUAAUGUUUGGUCUGAAGUGAUGAAUGACGGUGGGAAGGCUGAAUUGAGGGAGAUUAUUUCAUUGAAGCAAUGGCAAGCAAGUUGGUAUUCGUUUUUGCAACUGUUGGAUAUUGACUACGACGCGGGUUUUUGCUGUCCAAUUUGUGGAACCGAUUCUCUUGAUGUCCUUGUUUGCGACGGCACCUCCCUGGCGUUUAGACAAGCAUUCCUCACAAGUAUCACUCGAGAAUAUAACAAAACGCAUUCCCUUAAUAAAAGAAGCGGGAGAUAAGUAUAAAUACUUACUUGCGAGUGACUACAGGUACAUUUCUUGUGGCAUAAAUUUGCCGAUAUAUAGGAUGUGAUGGAAAACGAAGUAGGUGAAUGACAUACAAUUCAUCAUGAUAAAAAAAUCUUGCCAUUUGUCUCUACGUUUUGGCCCUUUGGGCAAGAUCUUUCAUCACAAGAAACGUUUUCACAGAGCUUUUCAGUUGUACAAAAAUCGAUUACCACGACCGUAUGUUAAUUAACUGAUGGAUCUCUCUUAUGUCUCUCUUUUUUCUCAUUACUAGUCACAGUGAGCGAGUAUACAUACUAGACAAGGGUCUACGAGAGGCUGUCCAAAGAGUGGCGAAUAAUCCUACCCAAGAAUCGCUGGACCUAGUCUAUUCCUUGAUCGAAGCGCUUGGAGAGCGAUAUACUGAACUGAAGAUUUUAAUUGCUUGGUGUUCAGUAACAUAUGGAAUUGGAGAAGAAUGGCCACUUGAAGUUCGUGAAUUUGUUAAAGCGAUUUCGAAGAAUUCACCCGCUUGUGCAAUUUUCCACAACAGUAACGAGUUGCUUCAAUUGUGCAAAUGAAUAAUCGAAGGAUUCCCAAUAAAAAGAUACCCGAAUGAGUUGCAGAUUCUGCAUAACAACUGUCCUUUACUGUUUAAGUUUCUUUGCGCCGUCAAUGGCGAUAGUUUACCUGAAGAUGUCAUCCCUAUCAUUAAUAAACUACUCAGAAUAGCCUCUCUACCGUUUCAGAACCAGCCCUUCGUUAACGAUAGCUUAACACCUCAUGAUAACAUUUAUUCCCAAUUAUCAUUUUACCCACAUCAUCCAGUUAUUCGAGGCCGUGGUAACUACACCCUGGAUCACGAAAAGAAAGAUAAAAAUAGUUUCAUUUGCACUAAACGACAUGGUCGGCAUCCAACUCUUCUUCCUGGCAUAUUUCUUAUUCAAUGUAGACAUGGUAAAAAAUAGAAUAAGCGUGCAGUAGCCAUUCUGAGAUGUAUAAGCGCUACCGAUCGUUUAAAUCCUUCAGUGAAUUAUGUAGUCUUUAGGAGUUCCCUUCAAAUUUAUUUCCAUUUGUACCUGACUCUUCCACUCUCCCUCGCUAUAUUUGGGUUAAUACGGGAGAAUAUAUCCGUUCUCAGGUUGGGCGUUGACAAACCUAACCCAUUCCCAUCAUCCAACGCGAGCGACUGGGAACGAGUCAGCAUUUGUACUAUGUAUUGUUCAGGGUUUUAAGGAAACUUGCUGUACUGAUUUUAUUCUCGCGUACUAUUUCAGGCAUAACAUAUGGUUUCUCCGUGAUGACGUCCUGCGAGUCACCAAAUAUACCAUUUACAAUAUUGCGAUCCAGAUUUAACCAAGGUACUGUGCAGUAGUUCUAGCUUGCGAAGUGCAGACCCAUAUACUGUGCACCUUAAUGAUCACUGUUUCAACGAGUAUUCAGUGCAAGUAAUGUUUAGCUAAGCUGAAUUCUGCAAGUUAAAGUACAUUAAAAAUUCAUAUACAUCUAAUUUCUUUGAAUUAGCACCGGCAAUCGUUGUUUACGACAAUGCUUGUAACCUUCAUUCCUAUUGUCUCAACCGUGACCCAAGUUUUUUUCAGAAGACACGAUUUCUUGUGGACAGAUUGCACUGGCGUGACCACACAGGUGUGCACAAUUACCAAAAAUUCAGCAAUUUUAUAACAAGAACGUUGAAACAUUAGAAAAGUAUUAUCCAGUUAGCACACUACAGUAUGCAUGAAUUGUUACGUUUCAGUUUAUUUAAACUGGUAUUUUUUAGGUUGUUCUCCAGCUUAUGAUCUCGCGUCCUACCCGGAUUUGGACUUCCCUUUCCUUAACAGUCAAGGUGCAGAACAAAGAAAUUCUUCCCUAAAACGAAUCAAGGCAUCCCUGUCGUAUAUGAACGAAAAUAAUUUUAUGCGUCACACCAAGCUGUUCCUUUAUUUCCACAAUCAAAAGUUGGUUGAGACACUACGGAAAUCUUUGGCGUAA